UUUGAUAGAAAAGGAAAGCCUAUUUGGUAGUUUGAAGAGAGAACGAGCCCAAGUGGAUGUUUUGCUGCGUUGCUGUGCGAAUGUUUGGGUGGUUUCCUCCUCGCGGUGACGAUGACGAACACUCCCCUUUGCCUACGUCACUGAGACACUCUAUAUAUAUGCGCUCCAGCUCCCACAGUUGUCAGUUUAACUUUGAGUAGCAGAGCAAGGACUCCGGGAAAAAACGAGCAACAGCAGGACUUUUAAGAGUUUUUCCACAAACCUACUGAAGGGAUUUCCUCGUCUUAAGUUUACAUUCCCCCCCCAAAGUAGAGUUUGCGUGGAUCUACCGACCUACAUUUUCCUUUUGCUACUCUCGGGACGAUGAUGUUCACCGCUUUCAAUACGGAAUGCGACUCUUCCUCACGCUGCAGCACAGCCUCCCCGUCCGGGGACAACCUGGGAUACUAUCCGUCCCCAGCAGGAUCUUAUUCCAGUUUGGGAUCUCCCCAGUCUCAGGAAUUUGCUGAUCUGACAGCAUCAAGUGCCUCCUUCAUCCCCACCGUCACAGCUAUCUCAACCAGUCCAGAUCUGCAGUGGAUGGUCCAGCCUCUGGUCUCCUCGGUGGCCCCUUCCCACAGAGCUCACCCCUACACCUCAAGCCCCAGCCCGGGCUACCUCAGAUCAUCCAUGAAGUCUGCAACCUCCAGACCUCACCUUUCUACCAAGCGGGGCAGAGCUGAACAGAUAUCUCCUGAGGAGGAAGAGAAGAGAAGAAUUCGCAGAGAGAGGAACAAGCAGGCGGCAGCUAAAUGCCGCAACAGGAGGCGCGAGCUCACAGACACGCUGCAAGCUGAAACCGAUCUGUUGGAGGAUGAGAAGUCCAACCUGCAGAAUGACAUUGCCAACCUGCUAAAGGAGAAAGAAAGGCUCGAGUUUAUUCUGGCAGCCCACCAGCCUAUCUGCAAAAUCCCCUCAGAACUGGAGGCAGACUUCCCCGCGUCCUGCCUCUCCACCGCCGUCACUUCCGCUAUCACUUCCAGCCAGCCGAACUUCACCUCGGCCUCCAACUCCAUCUUUUCCAGCACCAGCUCCGUCCCCUCCACCUCAACGGUCUCGAGCAGCAUGGUCAAGAUGGCCGAACUGGAGGCCUCCGUUCUCGAGGAGUCCCUGGACCUUCUGGCCAAAACGGAGAUGGAGACGGCACGCUCGGUCCCUGAGGUCGACCUGUCCAGUUCCCUCUACCCGACCCAGGACUGGGAACCCCUUCACACCUCAGCCAGCAACAAUGACUUUGAGCCCCUGUGCACACCUGUGGUGACCUCCACCCCGGCCUGCACUACCUACACGUCUUCGUUCGCCUUCACCUUCCCGGAGGCAGAGACCUUCCCCACCUGUGGCAUCGCGCACAGGAGAGGAAGCAGCAGCAACGAUCAGUCCUCCGACUCCCUCAGCUCGCCAACCCUGCUGGCCCUUUAGAGACUUCCAAAAAACGAACAUUCUUCCUAGAAGCACAUUUUCUUGAAUAUGUGACAGAUGUGCAGAUUACAGGGCUAUGGAGAGGACUUGUACCAGGAAGCAAAUUAUUCAUAAUUUUAUUUGCUUUUAUGUAUAGCUACUUGCCUAUUACACCGAUGUAGCAAGUUAUUAAGCAUGUUUCAACUAAUACCACUGUCGUUCUAGAAGUUCCUUAUAUGAUUUCACGGUGCUAGAAAAAAUACAACAAACAAAACAAAAAAACAUUUGUUUAUUGAUGUGUGCUCAGAGCAAUAGUUAUUAUUUGAACCGGUUUGUUUUCUGGUUUAUUGAAAGUUAGAGUAAUUGUGAACUGUUUGUGCAGCUUAAUGCAAAAAGAAAAAAAAAACUGGUGUGCUUUGUCUGAACCAUGGUCUGGGUGGUCUAUAAAAAACUAUAAUAUUGAGUUUUCUGUGAAAACACUUGUCCUUUUAAUUUAUUAAAUUUAUUUUUUUACAGAGUACUGACGAAUGUUGUUUGUAAGACAUGUGAAUAAAACAAUAGAGAUAUUUAAAUUCA